AUGCAAUUGCGACGUUCGUAUGCAAAUGAAAGAAAGCUGCAGAAACUAAAUCCAGCAUCGAGAACCACGCGAAAUUGCAAAUACCGGCGGUACUUCGAUGCAAUGAAAUUUUUAGAUGGGGUUGUGGAUGAGGAGUAUACACGCGACAGUUUCUUCAUAUCAGAACCAGAAAGCGGAAAAGCAUGCAGCAGCAGUCCCGCACCAGGACCAAGCAAUUACGAAAAGGAUGCGCAGGAAUCAACACGAAUAAAUACCGGCAGUCACGACGAAGUGGUGUUGGAAAAUGAUGGAACUAUCGGUACAUCGAAAGUGAUUGACACUCUUGCGUUACUUGCGCAACAGUUACAAGGGCAAAAUACUGAACCAGUGGAAAUCAUACAGCCAAUGGUGCAGCCAAAACCAGAUGCAACAGCCGGACCAACCGAGCAACAGUUCUAUCAGCAGCUGGAAUCGUGCUUUUUCAUGCUUACGCCGGAAAAACAGGCAGUUCUAAGACGAGACAUAAUGAAGUAUGCAUUUCGAAGAACAAAUCAACUGAUGGAUGAUAGCGUUUAG